AUGGCACGACCACGUCUACACAACACUACAGAAGAAAAGGCAGAAGCUGCACGCACUUAUAAACGAGCUUACUAUGCACGUCACCGCGAUAAGCUAUGUGCGCAAAAAAAGGAGAUAUACAAGGGGAAGGAAGAUAGGCUGUGUGAUAGGCCUGUCACUGUAGGAAGGCCACGCUCACACCAUACAGCUGAGGAGAAAAUUGAAGCUGCACGCCGAUCCCGGAAAGCCUAUUAUGCUCGUAACCGUGAGGAGAUCCGUAUCAAAUAUCAAAACAAAUCAAAUUCAAAGGUCUUGGACAAUACCAGUAGCCUCAAACCGGCGCGCUCAGUACGAGAUGCACACAACAAACGCAAAAACAAAUGGCAAUGCGAUGACAUCGAUGCCAGCCUGCAGGUCCUUAUUGGGUCAUCGUCAAGCACAGCAUUGGUUGAGGGCCUUUGUGAGCUCUUCAUAGCAAACCCGGAUAAGCCAGAUUCGUUGGACGUCCUGCGGUCUGCUCACAAUGGGUUGGAAGACCUCCUUAUGCGUGCGCAAACUGUAGAAAACGAUGUUCUUGAGGAAUGUGGGACAGGGCAGGACCUCAGUCGGGCACAUAGUUCUGUGUCUCAUAUGGCGCCGCGUACAUGGCUGACGCAGGAGGAACUGGCCUUCAUCGCAACUUUUGAGGAUGAUUACCUCGAAUGCCAAAAGAAGGGGAACUAUACCACUUUUUGGCAACCCUUCUUCGAACAAUGGGAGGAACGAUGGCCCGCGAGGGCUUCCUUGUUUCCAGGUAUUCCUAUGGAUCAAGUUCUCACCGCGGCUCAAUUAGAGGAGAACGAAAAAUUCAAAGCCGCACUUCAGAAGCCUGGCCGCAAAGCGGCUGCAGCGGGCAAUUCGGCUGUCCACAAACUUCUCAGCAAUAUCGUUAAGGGACCCACAGCUGGUCGGAAACGUCCUCUCAAGGAAAGCGAAGUCUACGCUAAAAAGUAUUAUACUACUCGAGUCCAGGCCAGCGUUAAAGAUGAGCUAAAAGCCAUCAAAGAACAACCUGACGUCCCCGAUCCCAAGAAGACGAACCUUCGGGUGAUCCGAAAGCAUGUUGACCGCUGCUGGGAGAAUGAGUCCGUUGAGGUGAAAGAGGAAAUCUCUCAACUUACGAGAGAGAUGAGGGAAGCAGCGCGCGAGGCGGCGAAGGGGAGGAAAUCAUCUGAGGUGACCAAUGAUCUAAUUAUACCGAGACUUACAGAAAUUCUCUCAACUUUCUUCGGAGAGCUUCAUGAGGCCACAGGAUGGACAUUCAGCGUCCUCCUCGGUGGCCCUGACCCAUCAAAUGGGGGUGCGAUUGAUGUCAGCAGCUUACAUGUAGGGUCAACAAAACUCGGUAAUCGAUUUAACCACGCGUUUUCAAAGUUUAACGAUAAUGUUAUGCUGCCCUACUACGAGUUUGUGUCUCAUGUUUUCCCUGAAGCUAGGACUUCAAAUAAAACACCCGCUCCAGACGAUAUGCUUACAAACGAUGAUCCUCCAAUGCCUAUGCCUGUAGCGCCUGAUACAUUACAUGGUUCAAACCCCACAUCCCAAGAGGCAGACUUGGCACCUAUCUUGGCACCUAUCUUCCCUCCCACGCACUUAGCGCAAGAAGAGGUAGUUCCUGCGCCACCUGAAGAGCACUUCUACGAGAAUUUCUUCCAACACCUGCCCCCCGCUCCUCAAGACAAUGAGAUCGACCAAGAGCUGGAUAGGCCCAUCAUCCCCAUGCCAGAGGGCUAUGUACCCUUCUGUCCACCACCGCUAGCGCCACUCACUUUGGACCCUAUGUCUUCCCCCACCGCAUUUCUUAAUCUGGAUUCAAAUCUCGAGAGUUUUGACGAUGCCCUCAAAUCCAUGCAGUCCCAGAACACCACCACGGGAUUGGUCUGUUCUCCUCCCCGCCUUCGUUAUCAGUUCGACAAUUUCAUUAGAUUCUCGUCACCUAGUACCACGUCGGUCAUCACACCUCGCACCACGUCGGUCGGUACACCUAGUACUAGUACCACAUCGGUUGGUACCACAGCAGUCACCACACCUCGCACCAUGUCGGUUGGUGCCACGUCGGUCAUCACACCUCAAACCACAUCGGCCACGUCGGUCAUCACACCUCGCACCAUGUCAGUCGGUACACCUAGUACCACAUCAGUUGGUACCAUGCCAGUCAUCACACCUCGCACCACAUCAGUUGGUACAACGUCGGUCAUCACACCUCACACCAUGUUGGUUGUUACGCCUCAAACCACGUCGGUCAUCACACCUCGCACCACGGUGGUUGACAUGCCUACCAUCACCCAUUCACCUGUGGUCAGGUCUUCCACCACACCCGCCAUCACACCCUCUCCAGCUGCACCCACAACUACCAUACCCAUCACCACAUCCUCAGUAGCUGCACCCACGACUCCUGUGACACUGGGAACAAGGCCUUCGCAGCUUAUUUCUGGGGUGGGACUUGAUGCUCAAAACCCCAGCAACGUUGUAGAUGAACGUCCGGCAAAGCGCCAGAAACGGGCUCAAUGCACACGUGCAGGAGAGACAGAUCCGCUACAGGCUGUCUCCUCCGGCCGAGGGAAAUGA